ACCAAAUGCUGUUUAGCAUCCAACCACGCUGCUUGUGUUACCUUUGUAAUUAACAGUAACAUUAAAAUAACAUUAUACAAUAUGAAGUUGAGAGUGAUACUCGUUUUCGUUUCCUUAUUUGCAAGCUGUUACGGAGUUGUCGAUGUAGAAAAAUUCCUGAAGGUAUGUGAUCGUAACUCAGUGGAUGUGAACGACUGCUUGGUUGAUGCCGUGCAGGAGGGUCUCACAGUUAUGGCGGAUGGCAUAGAAGAGCUGGACGUGCCGCCGGUCGACCCUUAUCAUCAGAAAGAGCUCCGUGUCGAGUACAAAAACAAUCAGAUAUUGGCGAAGUUCGUCGCAAAGAACAUAUACGUCGAGGGACUUAAAUCAUCAAAAGUUCUCGAUACAAGGCUUCGCGCUGAUGAAGACCGGUUUCAUAUGGAGGUGGAUUUAACAACGCCACUUGUUCAUGUGCACGGCUCCUACCGCGGAGAAGGUCGUUACAACUCGCUACAGAUUCUCGCUUACGGACGAUUCGACACAAACAUGACGGACUUAGUAUACACAUGGAAGCUCGACGGAGUUCCCGAGACAAAUGAAAAUGGAACAUUUAUUCGUAUCACUGAUUUCUACAUGCGACCUGAUGUAGGGGAUAUGAAGUCGUACCUGUCCAAUGACAACCGAGAGAGUCGAGAAUUAACGGAGUUGGGAAACAGGUUCACGAACAACAACUGGAGACUGCUCUACCGAGAAUUUCUGCCAUUCGCUCAAGAAAACUGGAAUAAAAUCGGUAUACGCGUUGCCAACAAAGUUUUCCUGAAAGUUCCUUACGACCAGCUGUUUCCGACCAAGUCUUAAUAAAAUACCUAUGUUAAAAUAAGUACUACCUAUGUAAAUAUAAAGUAUGUACUAGGUACCACUAUUGAAUGAAUGUUAGUUUAAGAUGCCGUAAACAUCUACCUGCUUACAAUAAAAUUGUCUGUG